AUGAAUUUUGUCAAGCCUCCGGAGUUCAAUAUUGGAGAUUCUUGGCCGUUAUACGAGGAGCGUUUGAAGAGAUUUUUCGUGGCCUAUCAAAUCGAUGAUAAGGAUGACAAGAGGAAAUCUGCUUUUCUGCUGACGGCUGCGUCGAUGGAAGUUUUCCAAAUUAUCAAGAAUUUGUCGUUCCCGGCGUUACCCGAAGAAAAGAAGUUUUCGGAACUGUGCGAUUUGUUGAAGCAGCGAUUUACCCCGACGCUGGUCGUUUUCCGGGAGCGAGCGAAGUUUUUCGAGGCAAGGCAAGGUGAAGGCGAAUCGAUUGUAGAAUGGAGUACUCGUUUGAAGAAGUUAGCGGCCAACUGUGAGUUCGGCGACCAAUUAAAUCCGUUUUUGCUGAACAUUUUUGUGGCCGGCAUGCGAAGAGGACCGAUUUUCGAACGCCUCUGUGAAGAGGAGGCAACCUCAACUUUGGAGAACCUCGUGAAGAUUGCUAUGAAGAGAGAAUCUACUAUGCAGCAGCGGGAAGUUUUAGAGGUUCACAAGAUUCAACCGAAGGAGCAGCAAAAGCAUCGGAAGAGUGAAGCCAAAUGCUACGCGUGUGGCAAGGGAGACCACGAUUUCAAGAAAUGCCAGUACAAAAGUUACAUCUGUCGGAAUUGUGACAACAAGGGCCAUUUGGCGAAGGUUUGCCCAUCGAAGGACAAGAAGCCAUCAAAUGAGAAACGCGGUCCGAAGGUCAACCAUUUGAGAAUUAACAAGCUCGAUGUUCCCCCGCCGGUAGAGAUGCAAGUUUUUGUGAAUCACCACCCGAUCAAUUUUGAAGUCGACACCGGAAGCCCUGUCAACGCUAUUUCCAAGAGCAUGUACGACCGGCUGUUUCAAGAGAUCCCGUUGAACACCAGAUCUACUGAAGAAUUUGUGUGCUACAAUGGUUCUGGAUUCCGUGAUGUUGGAACCUUCAAAGCGAUGAUGAAGUACAAGGAACAUGAGUCACUGGAGGAAAUUUUUGUCUUCGAAGGAACCCGGCAGCCGCUGUUCGGACGUCAAACGAUGAGGAAUUGGAACUUGAAGAUUGAUUUUUGCUUCAUUUCAACGGAUGAACAGGAUGGUAAGCAGUUAUUGGAUCCACUCCUAAGGAAGCAUGCAGCAGUAUUUGAAGGUGAGUUAGGCCGUUUCAAACACAACCAGAUUCAUUUGGCUCUGAAGGAGGACGCUGUACCAAAAUUCUGCAAACCAAGGAAAAUCCCGUUGGCAUUCAAAGAGAAAGUUGAAGCGGAACUGGACAGAUUGGAGAGUUCAGGAAUAAUUUCGAAGGCCCCUUCUUCUGAAGCUGAAUGGGGUACACCGUUAGUUCCAGUCCUGAAGAAAGAUUCUUCGUUACGUUUGUGCGCUGAUUACCGUGUCACCGUAAAUCCGUUCCUGUUGGACGAUCAUCACCCGUUUCCUGUUAUCGAGGACAUUUUUGCGGCGCUCCAGGGAGGAAAAUAUUUUGCCAAGUUAGAUUUGAAGAAUGCAUACUAUCAGCUCGAAGUUGAUGACGAGACGAAGAAGAUUCUGGCAUGGAGCACUCAUCGUGGAGUAUAUUGGAUGAACCGUCUUCCGUUUGGCACGAAACCAGCCUGUGCAAUAUUUCAAGGUACGUUGGAGCGAGUUCUUCAAGGUUGCCGUGGUACUGUUAUCUAUCUAGAUGACGUGUUGAUUUCCGGGGCGACAGUACGGGAACUCCUGGAGAAUCUGGAUGAAGUUUUGAGCCGUCUGAAGGAAGCCGGAUUUCUGUUGAACAAAAACAAAUGUGAAUUCUUCAAGCAGACGGUAGCGUACCUCGGACAUGUAAUUGAUGAAGAUGGACUACACAAAGAUCCGGAAAAGGUGAGAGCAAUUUUGGACGUGAAACCACCAGCCGAUGUCAAGGAUGUUCGAGCGUUUGUUGGAUUGGCUAAUUACUACGCGAAAUUUUGUCCAAGCUUGGCGCAGUGUUUGAAGCCCUUGUAUGAAUUGUUGAAGGACGGUGUAGAAUUUUCCUGGACCAACAAGCAACAAAAGGCGUUUGAAAAAGCGAAGAAGCUUCUUUCCGAAGACACCGUAUUAUCCCACUACAAUCCCAGUCUUCCUGUUCGGCUGUAUUGCGAUGCGUCCAACGAAGGUAUUGGAGCUGUGAUAACUCACGUUUUCCCGGAUAAAUCAGAACGCCCGAUUUCAUUUGCGUCACGGAUUUUCAAGAAACACGAAGCUGGAUAUUCCGUAAUUGAUCGAGAAGCGUUAGCGAUCUACUAUGGCAUCAACAAAUUCAGUAACUACCUGUUUGGCCGACAUUUUGAGCUCAUGACCGACCACAAGCCAUUGACUGGUUUGUUCAACCCGAAGGGCAUUCCAGCCACUGCAGCAGGACGGUUACAACGAUGGGCUGCAUUCCUGGCAAACUGUGAUUAUGAGAUCCGUCACGUGAAAGGUCGAAAGCAAAUUGUGAUUGAAAGCCGAAGAGACAAGCUGAUCAGCCGUGUUGUCGAGUACGUCCAAUCCGGAUGGCCCAGAAUGAUACAGGAGGACGAAUUGAAGACAUUCUAUCAGAAGCGUGAUGAAUUGAGCGUGGAGGAAGGAGUUUUGCUCUGGGGUUAUCGUAUCGUGGUUCCCACCAAAUUGAGGAAGAUGUUGCUGGACGAACUUCACAAGGUACAUCUGGGAAUCGUGAAAAUGAAGAGUAUGGCACGAUCGUAUUUCUGGUGGCCAUGUUUGGAUUACGAUAUCGAGACCCUCGGAAAGAAGUGCGAGCUGUGUAUCCAGCAAAGACCCGAAAGAAGCGAUCCUGUCUCACCGUGGCGACUGACAUCUGCACCAGGAGACCGAGUACACGUGGACCAUUUUUCCUUCCGCGGAUCGGAUUUCUUCGUGAUGAUUGAUAGCUACAGCAAAUGGAUUGAAACUUUUCCUGUGCGCACUUUGACUUCAAAAGAAACAAUCGAGAAACUGUGUGAGUAUAUUUCAAGAUUUGGUUCAAUUUCAACUUUGGUGUCCGACAAUGGAACAGCGUUUACGUCGGAUGAAUUUCAAAACUUUUGUAAAUCAAGAGGAAUCAACCAUUUGCGAACGGCGCCAUACAGCCCAUGCUCGAACGGUGCUGCAGAGAAUGCUGUGAAAACAGUGAAGACUGCUUUGAAGAAGCUCAGUAAUGAUACAGCAUUCCAGAAGAAAUCAACGUCCAUCAUGAUCAGCUCUUUUCUGGAAAUGUACCGGGCUUCGAAACAUGCGACGACAGCGGAAAGUCCAUUCAAACUGAUGUUCGGCAGAGAAAUGAGGCUGAGGUUUGAUACCUUGAAGUUUGAUGCAACAAGACGACAGGACGACACAAUCCAGAAGGUAAAUAACAGAAAGAAACAAGAAACAUUUGCCGUUGGAGAAACUGUGUACGUGCGAGACUACAGAAACCCGAAAAAAGCAUCUUGGAUACGAGGAAAAAUUUUGAAAAAACUUGGAGCGGUACUCUUCGAAUGCUCAUCCGAGGAACUUGGUACUAUCAAGCGACGAUCUCAUCAAAUUUUGAAGUAUCCGUAUGAUGACUAUGAAGAAGAUAGGAGAAUCUCAAACGGUCACUGUAACGGGAAUAACAACGACGACGCCGACUCGGACGCAAGCUAUGUAUCUCUUGAAGACGAUGUGGAGGAUAAUCCGACCAAUCAACCGAAUGGAGCUUACGUUACGCGAUAUAACCGAGUUGUUCGACCACCACGGCGUUAG